CUCAAAUCAGAAACCUCGACAAAAAGCAUGUGCGAACAAAUCAUCAAGUAUGACUGUGGGCACAUGUGCCGCCGCACAAUUCGCUGCAUCGAACAUCAGCCCAAACAUCACCACUCGGUAACGUGCUUCUCCGGCCUCGCUUACGCCCACGAACAAGACCACCAUGAUACGGCCAAGUUCGAGCGACGCGCUGCUCUCUGUCCAAUGUGCGAAGAAAAAGGCAAAGAGGACGAGAUAUAUCAAAACAGCAUUCGACGAACAAGCGCCCCUCCGAUCGAGACAAAGAAGGAUUUGGUGAUGCCCCAAGAAAAAGCUAAGGGCACAGUGACCAAGGUGAGUGCCCGUAUAGGCCGAUCAAACUCCAAUCCUGAAAGGCCUUCAUCCCAUCGUCUAAGGCGAGUCCGAGAUGCGGGCAAUAGCUCACUGCGCAACGAGUACAAUCGUCUUGAACCAUGUCUUGAAAAACGUUCGGAACCACGCCUUGAACAACGUCCCGAGCAGCGUCCUGAGCAUCGUCUGGAACAGCCCCAGAAUGAUGGGUUUGAGGCCCGCCGCGGUCGAAGACACCGCCCAAGCAACAUCAUCACGCAAGGCCUCGAACUAGACUCGUUUGCGUCUGCAUAUGUUCCGUUCCUUGAAAGAACACCAACAAGCCCCACAAGCUUUACAGGCCUAGUAGAUUACGCCGAGAGCAUACACAACUUAUCAAGCCUUUCUCUGAGUGGACUUCGCCGUUCAGCGUCGGUAUUGAAGGUGAUCCAAAAGGGUCUCGAAAGAAAGUCUUCGGAUGAAUCAUUUGUCUGUACAUCGGCAAGGGAGGUGGAGAGAGGUGAA